AUGGGAAGUCAGGUCAAUCUCUUAUCUUCUGCUCCUCCCCGAGCAGCUCCAAGUACAUCCACGAGGUUCACAUCGAUAGGUACAGGAGAUGAACGAAGUCUCUAUGCGACUGCUGAAGGGUAUGAACGGUUGAAAUUUGAAGGCGGCGUUUUGAAAAGAGAACAUGGUGUAGGGGUAGUUAGAGUGUUUGAUGACUGUGUUUAUGCUGUAUACAACCUCCCUCUUCUCCCAGGUUAUGGCGCAUCCACGAAAGUUCGUUCAUCCCCUGCUGUCAAAUCGCCAGGUGGCGUAUCGUUAUUAGAGAGAAUGACCAUGGCUGAAGAUCUGGGAUAUAAUGAUUCUUAUUUCCCGCGAGAAGAUCCAAGCGAAGCUACACCCGCGGAAUACAUCUUAUCGGCCACUCCGCCAAGUCCCAAUCCCAUCGCUCAUGGUGAUCUACUGAAUACCCUCGAACACGGUCGGGGUGAGAGCGAACAUCUUCAGAGCGAAGUGUUGGGAUUGAGUAGUAGGGAACAAGAGGAAAUUGCUAUUGCUCAAAAUACCCUCGAAGGUGAACUACGUUCGGAAGGAUUGGAUCUGUCAUCUGAGGAAAUACCUAUACCGACCAGUGAAGACGAACAGAGGAAUUUAGGCACACAUGAAGAUAAUAAACAUCCAGGACAUCUCGAAGAUAUCCCUUCGCAAGCAUUAGAACCCUCAGAUUUACCUUCCCCAAGUGAACACCCUUCCCCUACAGCAGAAUCUUCUUAUUCGCACCACCAUCAGCAACAGCAUGAAGAACAUCGCGUCGUUUCGCCCGAAUCGGAGUUUUCACCUCAGCCCCAACCUUCAAAACGACCCAGAAGGAAAUCGCACACUACGCAGAAUGUGGCUGAAGCUGUCUUCUUCUCGUACGGCGUAUCGGUCUUUUUCGGCUUCUCGGAAUUAGAGGAAAGGGAGAUAAUGGAAGAUUGCGAGACAGCUAGUACGUGGGUUAGAGGACUGGGUGAAGAUGAUUGGGAGAUUGAGGAGUUCCAUUACGUUUACGACUCGGAUGCUGAACAACCUAGGAUAUAUAAUGAUAUGUUCACCUUCAAAUCCCAUUCACAUCUUUUCAAGCUGUCUCUCGCACAUGCUAUCGCCCAGUCCAACAAAUUAUCGAUAUACGAAUCGGUCAUGCAGGAGACUCUAUCUCUCACUGCGUCUUUCCCAAAAGAGUUGUCCACAACUGGUCAUCUUCAGUUGACAAGGAGGGAGGCGUUGAAGAUGACUGGAAGAUUAUUCAAGUUGAGGAUGGACGUUAAUCUGAUAGGAGGGAUAUUAGAUACUCCCGAACUAUUCUGGUCCGAAGCUUCUUUGUUCCCUCUAUACGAGGCUAUCCACGAGUACCUCGAGAUCGGGCCGAGGAUACAGGUGUUGAACGAUAGACUGGCUGUCGCUGGUGAUCUGCUCGAAAUCAUCCAUGAAUAUAUAGAAGAAAGAGCCACGCACAGGAUCACAUGGGUGAUCAUCUGGUUGAUCGUCGUAGCUUGUUUCGUAGAAGCCGGCGAAGUGAUUGCUCGACUGGUCUUCCAUGCCAUACCGCGAGAAACGGGUGAAUUCUUGUUGUACAAGGCACCUAAGAUGAUCAUGGCCGGUGCUAGUGCAAGUGCAAGUGGACAAACAAUAAUAUAA